AUGGCAAAAGCAAUUUUUUUUAUUUUCGUUGGCUUGUUUGCGGUGACAAAGCUUGCUGACGCGAUCUGUUGUGAGUCGAUAAAAUCGGAAGUUGAGAAGAAGGUUGAAGCCAACAAAACAUUAUGCGCUUCUGGAAGCGCUCUUUCUCUCAAGUGUUGCAAGGAUAUUGCAAACGAAGUGGGAAAAUAUCUUUCUGCGUAUGAAACAUUGUGCUUAAAAGGUAAGAAGCGGAAACUUUUUUAUGCAAUUUAGUUAGUUAGUUAGUUAGUUAGUUAGUUAGUUAGUUAGUUAGCUUAGUUAGUUAGUUAGUUAGUUAGUUAGUUAGUUAGUUAGUUAGUUAGUUAGUUAGUUAGUUAGUUAGUUAGUUAGUUAGUUAGUUAGUUAGUAGUUAGUUAGUUAGUUAGUUAGUUAGUUAGUUAGUUAGUUAGUUAGUUAGUUAGUUAGUUAGUUAGUUAGUUAGUUAGUUAGUUAGUUAGUUAGUUAGUUAGUUAGAAACUUUAUUGAAGUGUCAUAUAUCAUAUAGCCGGUUACGUAUAACCUACUAAUUGCAGGGGACACUAUAUUAUUAUAACUAUAUUAUGACUAUACUAAUAUUAUUCAGUUUAUCAUGCAAUACUAUACUAAGAUCAGUUUUCUGAUACUAUGCUUAAAAGCAAAUAGCGAAGUCUGAUUUCUAUCCUCGGCUUUUAAAUUUGACCAAUUUAAAUCUUGGUAUAAAAAAUCUGAAUUUCUAAAGUUAUAAUUCGUUGGCGUGUUUAUAAAUAUAUUUUAAAAAUCAUUAAUACUUCACGAGGAAAAUGAAUGUUUAAUCAAUGUUUGUAAAUCGGAUAAAAAUUUGUCCUGAUUUACAUAAACUUCAGCUUUGAUUUUCUCGGCUUAUAGACAAUGUUUAUUUUUAAAAUUACUUCGCCAAUGAACCGAUCAGAUGGGUCAUUUUUUAAGUACGAUAAAACGUUCGCAUCCGAUCUGUAUCUGAUAUACAAUCUCUCGCAUUUGGCUUGAGUUUAUAUAUCAGAUACAGAUCGGCUGCUCAUGUUUUAUCUAGUACUUAGUAUAUGUCCUGCAACAUCCUGUUAUACAAAAUUGUUAACUGGCUUCUUGACAGUAGAUCUUCAUACGUUGACUUCCAGUCACAGAAAACUGCUCUCAGCCCCCGCUCAUUUACCCGUUCUACUUUCUACAAUCCGAACUUUGCAUAAGUGCGAGACCAAUCCACAGUACGUCAGAUACGGUAGUAUAUACAGUAGCAGUGGCAUACAGAUAUUUUGAGGCCAAAAAUCUACCCUUGCGUGUUUGAUAGAUUAGAUACUGUUGUAUAUCAAAUUUUCAGUUAGUUAGACAUUCUGUUCUAAUAAACUAUUUUUUACUCACAUGCAACCGUUUGAGAAUUUGACAUGACUAAAUUAGCAUCCAAGACGAAAGAUUUUUUAAUUUAACGACUUUUUUACCUUUAUCAUGCAGCUACACUUAAACCAUGUCAAGCUCCGAAAGCGUUAGGAAUGCAAAGUGGAAAAAUACCAGAUAACGCAAUCACCGCGUCGUCCUUUUACAAUAGUGCUUACAAAACUUCGUAUGGACGAUUAAACACAAAUAAAGGCAUGUGCUCUUGGACAACCACACGUCAAGGGAGGAGUAACUCUUGGUUUCAGGUUGAUCUUGGACAACUGGCCACUCUAACAGGAAUAGCAACCCAAGGAAGUUGCCGUGCCAGCGCUGAAUGGACAAAGACGUACUUGGUUUCGUACAGCACUGAUGCAAAGAAAUGGAUAUAUUAUCAAGAGUCAUGA